GACAAAUGAAGCAAGCUAAUAUAUAAUAAUUCCAAGUGCACAAGAAAUUAGAUGCUAACAAGAUUAACUUCGAAAAGCCAUUUUUGAUUGGAAGAUUUCUAACGGUUACGUGUGUGCUUUCAACGGGGACUGUCAAUAUUUUCGUACGCUGGCACAUGUGAAGCAUUCCAUAGGGGACACUCCCUUUACUGUGUUUGCAAGGAGCGCGAGAGAGGACCGUUCGUAUUCUCCAUCCGUUUGUAGCCCAAAUCCAUGGCUGCGCGUGAAUAUACUGCAGUCCUGCGCAGUUGGGCGGCUACUGAUCUUUUCUCAAUCGUCUCCAGUUGCCUUUGAGCCCGCGGAUUGAUGAAAUCGCUCGACUGUUUGUUAAGAUUGCGAUUUGUUGUCAUAUUAGAUAAUUUUUGUUAAAAAUUAUUAUAAUUAAUGUAGUUCGGUAAGAUAGAAAAUUCCAGCACUGGAAAAAGGAUUAGUUGGAACGGCUGGAGCUAGAGAGAUGCGGCCCGAAAUCUUCCUUUUCAAAAUCUGACUGGUGAAGAUGAAAAAAACUGUGUAUGCGUUCUUGGUGUGAGAUCUGUGCUCGAUGUGUAUGGCGAUGUCGAGGCAGUGCUGCUGACGAAUACGAAUACUGGUCCACCUGACCCGAGAGGAAAAAACAGAAACUCAAGCCACACCACACAUUCGCUGGCAGAAUAUACCAAAAAAGAUUGGCCCAGAAGUUAGAAACGUGCGAAAAAUUGUUUCGUUCAAUGCAGGCUACAUUCGCUAGCUUGAAUGGAUUCUGUUAUUGGGCGAGGAAGAACAUUUUUGGGCGAUUCCCUCGAGUGUACCAGAAGAUUUGUGAAAACAGAUUUGCAAGCUAGAAACAAGCGAAAAUGAUGCCAGGAAAAGUGAAGUUCUCGAAAAUAUAGCAUCCGGAGAAAACGGAAAACAUCGUGAAAUUUUGGAAAAGGGCGAAUUCUGCAGAGAAGAAAGUGUUGAUACGAUUCAUGUGCGGAUAUAAUCGGAAGAUAGAAACCGACAUUGGAGAGGAAUGAAUGCAAUUGAUGGCUAUAUUGCAACGGUGCGGAGGCAUUCAACCAAGAAGAUUGCUGCCAGCUAGAAGCAGAAAAGACACCGACGCUUCCAAUGAAAACGCAUCAUCCGACGCAAAACCAGAGGCGAUAAACGGAAAGCGUAAUUGCAUUUGAUGAGUUUGAGCAAAUUCUAACAAAGCGAGUAGCUGAACCAUCGGUUGCGCUUGGAGCCAUUUGAGGACAUUCGGGCAACGGAGAGGGAAUCGAGGCAUUUGAGUUUUCUUGUGUAGAAAACGUUUCUGUUCGCUCUUCCCCCAAAAUCUGUCAGAUUCUCGUUUGCCAAACAAGUUGGGGAAGAACAUAUACUGACACGAAGGAAAAGUGAAAAUAGUGUAACAUCAGUUCGAGUCGGAAGUCGGGAUGCGUCCUGUCAAUAUAUAGCGAAAGAAAAUUUAUGUUCGAACUAAACACUCGCACGGAACAAACAUGAAUUGAACAAAUGUGACAAUGUGUGUGUGAUCACGUACCGGAAAUUCAAUACGGAACACCCCGGAUUGAAAUUUAAUGGAAACUGAACUGCUCUCUGCUGCGGAACGUGCCUCCGAAAGGCUACCGAAAGGAUACGGCGAAGCAGGGUAGUUUUCUACACCACCUGUAAAUUAGUCCCUGUAUCCCAUUUCUAUUUGAUAGAAGUAGUGAACCGUCUAUAUCCCGUCGCAGCACAUAAGUGUAGUAAAACAAAAUAUCCGAUUCAUGUAAAUGGCUUCAAUUUUCAGCGUUAAAAUUGUGUGUUUAUAGUAUUAUGUAUAUAAUCGAACCAAAGUCAAUCACGCUGCACUCGUAGUUCAUGAGAAUUUAACGUAACGGACUCUCGUUCGACGAGCGAUCCUUGCAGGAAAAGGAAACCAUCAAUUUAGUGAUAGUGGACAAGUGUGCUCGUGCGAAACAAUUGCACGAAGAUCUUGAAGUGGGUAUAUAUUUGUGAACACGAUCCUAGAACGGUUUUCAAGGACGGCGCCCUAUAAAGGUGCCAAAGGUGCCGCCUUCUUACAGGAGGAGGCUCCGCAGAGGCGCUAGGCUGCCAGCUGCAGGCGAUGCACCGAUUUGCGGAACGACCGGGUGGACCUGGCCUAAGAUGGGGAGCGUGCUACUCACGGCUGUGUUCAUAGCGUUAAAUUUUGCUACCGGCCUGGCCAACCCAGAUUCUAAGCGUUUAUAUGACGACCUGCUGAGCAACUACAACCGAUUGAUACGGCCUGUGGGCAAUAACUCCGAUCGAUUAACAGUGAAAAUGGGUCUACGUCUCUCACAGCUCAUCGAUGUGAAUCUAAAAAACCAAAUCAUGACUACUAACGUGUGGGUAGAACAGGAAUGGAAUGACUACAAGCUCAAAUGGAAUCCAGAUGACUACGGUGGAGUGGACCAGCUCCAUGUACCAUCGGAACACAUUUGGCUGCCAGAUAUAGUGUUGUAUAAUAAUGCGGACGGUAACUAUGAGGUGACAAUAAUGACAAAAGCAAUUUUACAUCAUACGGGUAAAGUAGUAUGGAAACCACCUGCCAUUUAUAAAUCAUUUUGUGAGAUCGAUGUUGAGUAUUUUCCAUUUGACGAGCAAACAUGCUUUAUGAAAUUUGGAUCCUGGACGUACGAUGGAUACAUGGUGGAUUUACGCCAUCUCCAGCAAACGCCAGAUUCGGAUAACAUAGACGUGGGAAUAGAUCUGCAAGAUUACUAUAUAUCUGUUGAAUGGGACAUUAUGAAGGUGCCUGCCGUUAGAAAUGAAAAAUUUUAUAGUUGUUGUGAAGAACCAUAUCCGGAUAUUAUAUUUAAUAUAACGUUAAGAAGAAAAACACUUUUCUACACCGUGAACUUAAUCAUACCUUGCGUUGGGAUAUCGUUUCUCUCCGUAUUAGUGUUUUAUUUGCCUAGUGAUUCCGGCGAAAAGAUAUCAUUAUGUAUAAGUAUACUACUGUCACUCACUGUGUUUUUUCUACUGCUGGCUGAAAUCAUUCCACCAACAUCACUAACGGUUCCACUGCUAGGAAAAUAUUUAUUAUUUACGAUGAUGCUAGUCACACUGUCCGUAGUUGUUACCAUUGCCGUGCUGAACGUUAAUUUUAGAUCACCCGUUACGCACAAAAUGGCACCAUGGGUGCAUCGAGUUUUUAUAGAGCUAUUGCCUAGGGUGUUAUGUAUAGAGAGGCCGAAGAAAGACGACGAACCAUCCGAAAACGAGGAGCAAGUGCCCGAAGUGCUGACAGACGUGUUCCAGGUGCCACCGGAUGUUGAAAAAUACGUCGGCUACUGUGGGAAGCAGUUCAGCACAGAUUUUGAUAUUCCUGCACUGCCACCGUCACGUUUCGACGUGGCCGCGUCAGGUGGCGUUGGCCCUUGCUUUGGCGAGCCACCAUUACCAGCACUGCCAUUACCAGGUGGAGACGACGAUCUCUUCAGUCCAACCGGCAACGGUGACAUGAGUCCGAACUGUUGUGGCGAUCUUAGUCCUACGUUCGAGAAGCCCCUCUUGCGGGAAAUGGAGAAGACUAUAGAGGCAUCGCGAUUUGUAGCUCAACACGUUAGAAAUAAGGACAAAUUCGAGAGUAUAGAGGAAGACUGGAAAUAUGUAGCACUUGUUCUAGAUCGCCUAUUUCUGUGGAUAUUCACGAUAGCUUGCGUAAUGGGCACGGCUUUAAUCAUCCUGCAGGCACCAAGUUUGUACGACAACACCCAGCCUAUCGACGCAAUGUACUCCAAGAUCGCCAAGAAGAAGAUGGAGCUGCUCAAAAUGGGCAGCGAGAAUGUAUAGCAUCCGCCCGGGUUCGCAUCCGCCGUUUGGAAGUACAUUCUGAACUGGAUGCGAACCCUGGUUAACGAGGAUGACCAUUAAUAAUCCGACCCAACAGAAGCCCCCCUCCCUCGAAAUUAACGAACAACGCAAAAACAAUAGACAAAGAAACAACAGUCAACCAAAACCAAACCAAAGUUACUGCACUCGCAUUGCAUCAGGAGGAAGAAUGCUGUUGACUUCCGCGCGCUGCCGAACGACAGGAAAAUUUCACCCUUGUUACGCUGAAGACUCAUCAAACCCCCCAAAAAGGUGGCGAAUAUCACAUGAGCUUCCUUCAGCCUUCGUCACAGAAUCGUAGCAGGUGAAUCUGAAAACCGGCUGAUGAUCCAUCACGUAAGUCAACAGCAUUUCGCACUGAUUGUUCCAUUUGUGUUUUGUGUUUGAUUUUCAGUUAUUGAGAGGAAAGAAUGUCAAUAACAAUCAAAUUAACGUUAAUACCGAGUAACGAAAUGUAGUUUUUAAUAAAAAAGGGGAAAUUUUUUAUACGUCGAACGAAGGGAUUGAGGAAACUCCCUAACGCAAGGGAAACACAAGACCUUGAACAUUAGUUUCUUAUAGUUUAAGGUAACUGGGUUUUCAUUAGAACACUACCGAGCAUUUGGUGUAAAUAGGAGAGACGACUUUUGAUGAAACAGUUAUCUUCGAGCCACAAUAAGCAAAUAACAUAACAAGACGAGUGCAAUGUGAUUGAUGAAAUUAUCAACUUGAAUCAUAACAUAAUUUGUUGAUGUGUCAAAAAUGAAGAAAAAAAAUCUGAUGUAAAUAGUUGCAUUUUGUUGAAAAUCAGCCCUAGUGGAAUUUGGUUAGCUUAUAGCAGAAUAAAUAAACAAAAAAAAACUCUCACAUACACGAAUAAAAACGAAAACGAAAACAUGAAAUAGUUGAUAUUUUUUUAUAUUAUUACUGAUAACACUGUAUGAAUUGAAAUGAUAGUUAUUUUUAAGUGGGGAAAAGCAACACACAGAGAGGAAGACGUCAUUUAGUUAGAAAAUGAAUUUGCAUACAUUUUUAUACGCUGAACAGAAUAGAUGUGAAUUGACACGGUUUUUCUUAGUCAAUAUGUUGUGUUCAUAAUUCCAUUGCAAGACAAUUUUCUUCCGGCGGAUUCUGGACAUAACCGCGUUGUGGGCAAGCAACACAUAAUGGCAAACUAUCUAAUUUUGGAAUUGAGAAAUUGUGAAAUCUUCUUAACUAAGUGUAGCAGAGCAAACAAAAACUAUACACACUACACACGAAAUGAACAGUGCAAAAAAAAAAUAAGACGGAAAACAAUGGAUGACAGAACAACUAGGAUUGUGCUGGAGCAGACUAAGAAAAAGAACAAUCAGCAUGCACCGGUCUGAUAAUGAAGUGUCUUAUCUACAGGAAAUUCUACCAAAAUUCCCAAUAAACGAAUGCUAAAAUUACUGCAACAACAAAAAUCCAGUGAGAACAGCCGACACGGUUAUUCGAUCUCGCAUCUUUGAAACUGGCAAAGACAUCGAACAACACUUUUGCCAAAUUUCCAAGAUCAAACGGAAACUUCCUAUAAUCACUAGAUAAAAGAAAAAAAAACUGACAGUGUAACUGAUAAAAAAUGUGGAUGUAUUUUAUAUGACACAAUAUUAUUGGGGAAAAACAUUUUCGUAAACUAUAGGUGUAUAUGUAGUUAGAUUUUAUAUCAUUAAAUGAAUUGAAGAUCAACUAAAGAUCAAAGUGGUAAUAUGCAAGUAUCAAAUAGCGCAGAAAGAAAAAAAAACCAGUGAAGAUGUAGUCAAACCAGUGAAUUUAUUCGUACUAACAAAUUAAACUAAAUCACAGAAAUACACACGCAUUAACACACGUACAGAGAACAAAUCUCAACGACCUUAUAGGACGGUUCGAUGAUUAAUCACAUCACGUGUAUAGAGUCUCUUAAUUCGUAGGGAAAACAAUUGAAAGUUUUAAGCAACCAAGUGGAAAACGUCUUCAACAGCUCACUCUUGGUCUUCUGCAACAAAUCAAGUGAUGGUGGUCAAAACAAGACAACAAAAAAAACAAAACAAAAUAACAUACAAAACAGAAACUUCUCAUAGUUAACAAGAAACGUUAGUCCAUAUAGGAGAAUAAUAUUUCAAACAGACUAUAGCUAUUAAUUUCUCUUUAAGGCAAUUACAUUCUCCAGAUUUGGCGGCUCGUUUUCGCAAGGUGAACGGCAGAAGUAGUACCUUUAAAAAUAUUGGCUAUUUAAAGGAAUUACUCCCGGGGUCACUGUUGAACGAUAUCCUAGGUUUGUGUUUGAGUUUCAGCUUCUGAAUUAUUUCGUAGAAGUACCGAGUUAUUAUUGGGUUUCGAUUGUCGCACUAUAAGAAACAGAAACAACCAUAUAAAGUGUCUCGAAACAGAUCGAUUAGGAAAUAGUGAAAAUAAACUGCCAAUACACAUAAAAACCAAUUAUGUUGACAUUCAAUUCCACAACUCUGAUUGAUCAGAGUUCACGCACGUGGUUGAAUUAUAUCCCAUCAUUGACUGAAUGAUUUUUGAACGCGACAUCUACGGUAAAAGGGCUCCAUCCAAUUCGACAAACGGUGAGGUUUGUUUUUAGAUUAAUUGACACUUUUCAUUGUUAUAAUAUUAUCUUUUUUUUCAACUACCCCAUUUUCCAUUAUAAAUAUCGGAUUCUGAGUGAAAUAUCCACGUAGAGUAUUUCAUUUACCUUAUUUGUAAAUCACGUUGCUAUUGAUAAAGGUUAUCUCUAUUUGAAUUCGAUGAUCGCUGAAAGCGAUUCCUCGACAUUGUCGGAUUACAGAAGCGCCGAACUUUUUUUUUUUUCAUAUAAAAACAAGUCACACAAAAAAAAACAAAAAAAAACAACUUUGUAAAUAGACAAAACUGUGUAAAUGCAAAUGUUUGUAUUAAGCAACAUUAAACGUUACUUACAGAAAGUUUUGACAAGAUCUUUUAAAUUAUUUUCGUAUGAAAAUAUAAGAAAAAUGAACUCCGCAAAAAAAACUUUUACGAACGAAACACUUACUGGGCGGCGCAGAGGGGUGGCCGGAGGGGGAGAAUGGACACUUAAAAACAAAACGGAAACAUGAUAAAGCCAAGUUAAUUAAAAAAAAUGAAUAUAAUGAUAAAACUACAGUGGAAUAAAUCUACUCAACCGAAACAUUAAAAAUGUGCUCAAAGUUAACAUGUACAGAAGACGAAUGAAUUGGUUGGCAAUGGAAGAAAUCAUCAGCGGGUAUGCUGGCGCGUAGGGAAUGUUAAGUUUAUUUUUUAUAUAGAAAAAAAAUUAUUGAAUGUAAUUCGCAUGAACGCAAAACGAAAGAUUUCAGGCAAAAGCAAACGAGAACAAAUGCCGACACAUUUUGUGGGGCACAAUUUUUGCUAUAUCUCCACUUGUGUUUAGAAGUUACUGUUGGAAUUCUGUGGGGAGAAAAUGACCUUAAGUAUUAGGUUGUUUGGUUACCGGUUUGGUUCCGUUCUGUUUGCCAAGAUUGUGUCAAACCAGCUCAAAUAAAUCGAAAUCAUCAAAGCAAAGCAGUUGAGAAGAUCAAUUGAUUCGUCCAUGAUGUUAAACACUAUUAAAACAAUAAACGUAAAUUGAAAGUGAACAAAUAGUUAAAUUAAUUGAGAGAUGUUAAAAACUGUAACUAACCCGCAGUGAAAAACAAGAAGGGGAUGGACGUUAAACGCGUAAAGUCUCUUUUAUUCUAGCCAUUAGUUUCAUAAAUGUGUGUUGUAUUACGGCUUGAUAUAUAAUCGAUAAUAUUUAUCGUUACGAAAAGUGUUGAUCAUCACAUUUCGAAAAAUCGAGAGAAAAAAUACAGAGAAUCAAGUAAACGGAUGCGAAGUACGUUUACGAUUGAGCUCGCCGGUGAAAUGCUGCACUCAAUUCAGUAAACAUGCAAUUCCGGUUUUCAUAUUUUCGAAGCUUACGCUGUGCUGACAGACUACCGAUCUGUAAAUGUAUUCCACCAUUGAAAUAUGAAAUGGAUGCUUCAACAAUUUUUUUUCAUUAUUAAUGAUUUAUGAAUGAGUUAUUUACUGACUGCAUAUUCCCAUUCUCGCAAUUCUACCGAAAACGAACAGAUCAAUAAUUUUAUUCCUCAAGUGUAGAGACUCACAAAACCACAGAAAGUGGAAAACAGGAGCCGAAACAGUGUACGUACGUAUUAUGUCAUAAUGAAAACGCAUUUAACAUUAAUUAUGUAACGACAACAAAAAAAACCAAACACAACGAAUGUACAUUUUUGUAAUCUGUGCAAUGCACAUUAAAUUAAUAGUGACAAAUGCCUGGUUCGGUUGACGUUAAUUAGUUUUAAAUAAUCACACUUGCAGCACUCAGUAUUUGUGUUCACGACAUCAGGAAACAUCCGCUGGCGAAACACAGCCUCUAACGAAUACCCUAAGCCAAAUUCUUCCGAUACAUUGGAUUUGUAAAUACAAAAAUUUACGUGAAUUUAAUUGAGGCAAGAGAAGCAAACAAACAAAAAACGAGUAAUACAUUUUUGAACAUUAUGGCAUGACCCUGAUUUCAAAUCGAGUGUCUUCCAAUCACAUGUCGUGUAUCUGGCUCUUACCCGAGAAACAACCUAAAAAGUGAACGUGAAAAGGAUUAAAUCAAAAGCAUAAUACACAGUAAUCGUCAGUUCUCAAAACCCAACACAGCCCCUUCAUCGUGUUAAUUCACAGGACCGAGCGUCGAUAGCCAAAUUGUCUUACCCAAGGACACAGUGGGGAAAAAAGUGAUCGCCAUUUGAUGGGGAGCAGAUGAAGAAACGAAGAAAAACUAUACACAGACAGUCUGGCUAGUCACCCUCCCCUUUCCGAAUAUACAUAACACGAAUCAGAUUCAGAGCCGGAACAACACUAAAAUCCAAAAUCCUAGGAAACGUUUAGCCAUUCACGCCGGAGAAUGAUUCCGGAAUAGGAAUACACACACACGCGCACAUACACUCACACCCACACACACACCCACGCCCACAGCUGCGCUUUUGGUAUUUAUCGGAUUCGAUAUCGGUCAUCAAGAAAAAUAAACAAUCUAACAGUGAGUCAUUGAUGAACGCGGAACGGAAGCUUUCUGGAAUACUUAACAUGUUGUGGUUUUCCGCCAGCAUUGUCGGUGGAACGCGAAUUGAUGUUGGACAGUGACAAACCAUCGCUGAAACCAACGUUAAGUGCAAGUGCAUCGUUCACUGUCAUUCAUUUUCACCUCAGUUAAUCCCAGAGAUACAGUGACUGGCACGAAGAGAAAUGUACCCAGAAACAUGUAAGUCAGACGAUUACGAACAUGUCUUUUUAUAUUCAAUCCAUUUUUAGUACAAGUUUUGUUAGAAAAUUGUUGCAAUUUUCAUAAACAUUUGGUGCGCAACUAAGUUCGCGUUAUUUUUCACAUAGGAUUGCGUCUUUCGGAAGCAAAUUAGGAGUGCAAAUUAAAAAAAAAAUAAAUAUACCGGUCGCGUCACGAAAAUCUAUUGCAAUAUAAAUAAUCAUAAAAAUUCCAAAAGUUAAAAUGUUGAAAUAGGAUUAAAUGAGGCUGCGACUGCACCGUAUCUUGUUCAAAGAUAUUCAAAAUCAACGUGCAACAAAUAUCGUAACGUAAUCCUACGUCAACUAUACGGUGGUGUCUCGAACACAACGCUUAGUUUUUUUUUUGUUCAAUAAUGUAGCUUCUUUGCAUAAAAGUUACAUGGAAGUUGUAUCCUAGAUACGAACGCAUGGUUGACGUACGACUACGUUGCAAAACUUCACCAGUAGCUUUAAAAAAUCGUGUUCGGUACAGAAUUUGAACAACAUUUUUUUUUGUGCGGACUGCAUAAAAAAAAUUUCCCCAGGAAAAUAACUCGAAUCCACGCCGUUUGCCGUUCGAUUUCCUUUUGUUUCCAUGCUUUGCGAUGGUGCAGUUUGCCUUUUCGGUUGCGCGUAGCUGUGUUGUGCUUUUAGUUGUUUGUCGAAACUUGUUGCUGUUAGAAAUCAUGUCAUGUGGAAGACUGGAAGACGGAGUCCUGCGUCAAGCAAAAUAGGCAAUGAUUUGUUAGAUUUACGUUAUUGUUACCCAAACAAAAUAUUUUAAAAUGAUAUAACGACAGAUGGGCCAACCAGAGGAGCCCGUCGGCCACAUGCGGCCCUCGGGCCGCAGGUUGAGUAUAUCUGCUCUGGGGGAUGGAAAUUUCGAUGUUGUUUUCGAUUCUCUUCAGGGACUGAACACCUAGAGAUCAAAUGUAAGCAAAAUCAUAUUCGCUCGCUUGAGUACAAGAGCAGCCGUAACAUGGCUUGUAAAACAUUUGCUAUAUGUGUAAGUGUAUCAUUGUCUGGUAGAAGUUUUGCUGAAAAUAUGUUCAAAACCGAACCAUUUUCUUCAAUCUUCAAAUUUUGAAUUAUAAAGGCUUUGAACUUUUUCAGUUCAUUCGAUUCUAGCUUUGAAAAAGACAAAAUUUGAAAACUCAAACUAGAGGCGAAUGAACUCUCCGAGUUUGAAGCCUAUAGAAAUCAAUCUAACAACAAAAACAACAACUUAAGCCUUCAGAAAAUAUUUAUAUUUUUAUUGCGACAGUUCAUCUGGGAGGUUAAUAGAUCGAUGCAGUAAUCUCGUAUAUACAACAGGAAAUGACUGAACAAGGAGCGCUCGAAAAGGUACUAUUUUCGUGACGUGACCAAUUUUAAGUUUUUCAAUUUGUACUUCCAAAAUGUUCCCGAAAGACGUAAUCCUACGUACAAAAUAGUUACAACUGAAUCAUUCAGAACAUUGCUCAUCGCUACAACUUUUUCACAUGUUUCUGGCAGAGUAAUGAAAGGUCUUCGUCCUUGAACAUUUUGUAUAGGGUAACUUUUUGAAAUUUAAGGGUCGAUUUUUUCCCAUACAUUCAUUGGCACCCUAAUGCUCAUCCUUGCUGGAAUCAAAAUGCUUGUAUUCACUCCUGACCAGGAACAGGAGUUUGUACCUUCACAUGCUUGAUCUUGAUGACCGUUUUAAUUUAUUUAUAUUUCGUAUCGUCUUCGACCUCGAAAGUAGUACAGACAUAUGUGUCUUAUUCUAUUGCUAAAAGUAUGUUUUGCUAUAUUGAAGUCAAAUUCGUCUAACACUUCGUUGAAUAGCCUGCAACUAGCAAUCAGGGGCUCGAAAUAGGCUUGCUGGGUACGAUAAGCAGGAAGGGAUGUUGAAUGUGCCAGACAUGGCGCCAUUGAACUGACCGAACCCCUCGGGACUUGUUAAGUAAUAGUGCGUCCAUUUAGUGAUCCAAUCCGGCAGGCAUGUGCCUCUCAUUUUAUGAACAGUCGUCGCGUGCGGAACUUUGUCGAAGGCUUUGGCAAAAUCUAUAUAGACUAUGUCGACUGGCUUCCGUUUCUCGAGCUUCCCAAUCAGGACAUGCACAAACGUCAUCAGGUUUGUAGUAGUUGAGUGAUUUUUCAUUAACCCAUGCUGUCUAACUGAUAUAAUAUACCGAACGGAGCGUAAAUGACGUCAUGAACCAUUUUCUCGAGAACCUUACCUAGAUAAUUCAAUAUAGAGAUUAGGGGAUAGUUGGCAACAUUGAGGAUAUUGCCGCUUUUGUGGAUUGGAGAAAUUGAUGUGAUCUUCCAUGCCUUCGGCAACACUCCAUCAGAUAAUGACUUAUUACAGAGAGUCGACACGGGAAGCGACAAUGAUGUGGCGCAUUGUUUUAAUAGCAAUGGUGGUAGGCGAUCGGGUCCUGCACUUUUCGAUAUAUCCACAAAUGAAAGCGUCAUCAGAACGUCACUAGGUUACAAUGCAAGGCGGGAAGAUGAAGGGUGCGAAAAGAGUUAGACGUCGUGCACAACGUUUCGUUACUUUCGUUACUUUUUGUGACAUGUGGAUGGGGGGUGGCCGUGCUCGUUACGUAACAAAAUUCAAUUUUUAUUCCUAAAUAAAUUUACGCGCCCCUUUAUGCUCGAGCAGCUAGCUUCGAUCCUGGGACCGAAUGCGGUGUGUUUCCUGAGGCAAGAUGAUAAAGCACGUGUCGUGAUGGGCUUAAGGGGAGACCCUGGUCUGGAAAAUCGAAAAAAAUGAAUUGUUGUUUUUUGAAUUUUUAGAAAGCUUAUGUCCUCAGAAAUGUUGUCGUUAAAGGGUAUUUCGAAAUAUGAAUUGUUGGAAAGUUACAGCCAAAAGUAUGAAGUCACCUUCAUGUAGUAUUGCUGUACGAAUUUUUGAACGCGUUUUUCUCGAAACCAUGUUUUCUCAACUGGUGGUAUCGAUAUCUCAGGAUCUACUCAAUCGAUUUGGUUGAAAUGUUUUAUCAGCAUAUGUAAAAAUGAAUUAUCUAAAGCGUUUUCUUGAUAUCUCAAUUUUUCGAUUUUUUAUGAGCUUCUAAACAGCGAUUUUGCAUGAAAAAUAACUCAUUUUUAACUAAAAUAGGCGCAAUUUUGGCAUUUUUUUGAAUUUUCAAAAACCCAUAUGUAACGCCAUAGGUAUAGUCCUAUAGUUUCAAAAUAAUCAUUGGAAUUUGCUCUACGACACCCCGUUGCUUCCGAACCGCUACCACCAGCAAGGUACAGAUUUUCAGACAGCAUCUACGCAUCCAGUUGUCAACAGCGUAAUAAUCAUUAUUCCUGCACUCAAAAAAAAAGGAAAAUAUAUCUUCAAGUAUACCUUAAACAAUAACCAAAAUACCCGAAUACUUCACUUUAUUCGUAACAUCCGAAAAAAAUCACGAAGAAUCAUUAUUUUCCGACCUUCCAGAAUAUCGCGUUAAACUUCUAGAUCAUGAUUUUGUCGUUGCUUAUUCCAUCGGUUAUUGCAGAUGCAGAGACAAGCUGGGGCACUUUGGUCAUGCUGAAGCAGUUGGAUAUAUUGGUUCAACUUACGUUGCGGUUUGUUCAGGGAGACACUGUUCUUCGAACGCAUGCAAUAUGCUUGAUGCAAUAUUCGUUGUUACAAAUGCUCCAGAACGCAGUGCUUCCAACCGAGUUGAACGUCGGAAGGCUCUUCUUUCCGGGAGUUAGCAGGUUUGAUACUUCCUCGUGAUAAUUAAGGAUCUCAUUUUGAUGAAAAACUCCAAACAGAGUAUCCGAAACUGGAAACGAAACAUUUUGAGUAUGCAGCGGAAAUUGAGUAUGCAAAUUGAUGUAGCGGAAUUUGUACGAUAUUCAGCCGAAUGGUUUGCUAAUCACGUAAAAACAUCCCAGUACUUCUUUCAAGUAGUGUAACGACAGAAACUGCUGCAUUGAAACAAGAAGUAGUUAGUGUUGGAAUUUAUACAAAAUUUAGAUGAGAACCAAAUAUGACUCAACCUGAUCAUCUCCGAUUAUAUCUAUUGUAUUGUUCCGCACACACAUCCAUAUAGAUUAGGCAUCUCAAUUAGCAUUGGGCGAUCUCGAUCGAUUCUUAGAAGAUCGAUCUUUUCCAUUCCGAUUUCCGAUUUUUUGGAGCGAUCUAUUGUACUCGAGAAAAUCGAUUUUUUUGCUUUCGAUCUUUUCGAUCUUAGAAACACUUUUUGUAGAUUUGUUUUUCAGUAUACAUCGAUUUUUAUCUCACCAAAGGCCACCCAACAUGUUUUAAACAUAAUUUCAGCAUUUGGAUCGCUUCUUCUACGAUUUGCUUAUGUACAAAUGCUGACAGAGACAGAACUAGCGUCAGCUACUGAGGGGAUCUACUGUACCAGAUGCUGAUAUCAAAUACAGGCUAAAUGUUGUUUUUUAGAACUGGCGCCAAAAUCAAGAAUCGGCUUCGACUAACUGACACAUGUGUGGCACGAUUUAGUUAAUUUAUUCAAUAAAACGACUGCCUGACGGCACAAGAUGAAUGUCCUGAUGAUGUGGUCUUCAUGCUGAGGAACAAAACAAAAUGCUUUUGAUGUUUGCAUAAAAAUAUGAAAUUUGUAUUCCCUGUUUAAAGAAUUUAAAUUUUCAAAGAUCGAUUUAGCAAGUAUCGAUUCGGCAAAGAUCGAUUCUUUGGUAACGGUUUAAUCAGCCGUUUUGAAAAUCGAUUCGACAAUAUCGAUCUUUUUAUAAAGAUUGCCCAAUCCUAAUCUCAAUGCGAAUACAGCGCAGAUGAGUUGAUCUGAACCAGAACCCACUAAAUUGUAACGACCAUUCAUCACAUAAAAGUUUUGUUUUUUGGCGAUUUCGGCAUAGAAAUGUAAACUCUACAAUCCUUAGGGGCUCCAUGGUUUUCCUUCCUACUCUUGAUGAAUGACCAGAAAGAUGACGGAUCGCGCUUAGAAUUGCUUCCCAAACAGUUGAUGUAGUUGCGAAAUGCAGCGUUCUUCAAUUCAUUGUUCGUACGAAGUGCCAGGAAGGUUUGGUAAGUUAUAAUCUCCCAAAAAGAAAACCGCAUCGGUUUUGUUUUCGCGAUCGAUAAGAUACUGAACGCUGUAACAGUUCUUCCUUUACAUCCCUGGAUCGCUAUUGGGUUUUGGGUAAACACAGCAUACAAAUAUUGACAUAUUUGCGAGACUUACUUUAACUGUUCGAGUUCGGCUGCAUUUGGAACUUCGAUGAUAUUACACUGUAAGCACUGUAACCAAUGAGAACACCGCCGUCCCGAGUCAGACUGCUGGUCGAAGAGUUACGGUCCCAGCGAUAGAGUGUGUUCGAGGCUAAUUCAGCGUUGGAUUCCGGCGAGAGAUUGGAGCGUUUCAAUAUGAAUCAAGUCAGUUGAAUGGGAUUGUUCGUCGACGUUGAUGCUCCCGGGUCGGCUAUUGGUACAGGCUUCCAAAAAUGCCGUGAGGUGGAACCAUUGUCUUCAAUAUCGCGAAAUUCUCGCGAAAUCCCUUGCGGCCAAGUAGAGGGGUCCAUUGCUUUUGUUUUCAAGCUUUGGAUGAUACCCACCUUGAACGAUACGUACGUUAACGUGUUCAGCGGUCGGCCCCUGGGGAUGUGCUUCUUUUCACCAAUAUCCAUCGACUUGUUUUUAAAUUGAAGCACCAUUCAAUACGAAGUAGAUAAUUGCUGGCUAUCUCUAUCAAAAUUCGAGUUGUACUCAAUAAAUAAGAACAGAUUCCGUAGAAUGGUUUAUGUUCUGUUUAGGAGAGGUGUUAUUGAUAUGAAAUUUCACGAAGCAACCAACAUUAAAGUUCCAAAUUUGAAUGUUAUUUGCUAGAAGUAAUCGUAUCACUCACUCUACUUGCAAUAUAAAAAUGCCUCCGACUUGCAUAUAUUUGCAAUGCCGAUUUCCCCCGGGCACCUUGGUUUAGAUAUCUCUGUUAGGGAAUACAUUCCGGUGAGAACGAAAGCUCCCUCUACUUUUAUGUAUUUGCAAUGUCGAUUUCCUCCUUGCAGCUUGGUUUUGUUGCCUCUGUUGGGGAACACAUUUCGGUAGGAACAAAACAUUCCCCUACUUUUAUGUAUUUGAAAUGUCGAUUUCCCUCAGGCAACUUGGUUGAUGUUUCUGUUAGGGAACAAAUUUCGGUGGGAGCAAAAGUUCCCCCUACUUUCAUAUAUUCGCAAUGCCGAUUUCCCACAGGCAGCUUGGUUUUGAUGUCUCUGUUAGGGACCCGCCGCAUGUGUCGUCAAUUUUGACCAAACAGAAGAGGGUAUUUCCGUUAAGAUAGGAAUUGAGAUUUUUCAAUUGUUCGAUAGUUAGUUUCAUGACAUACAUUAUUUUCUUCAAAUCGAUUGACGCAAAAAUUUCAUCAAUUCAUCAUGAAAUGACUGAGCAAUAAGCGUUUGAAAUUGGACAAUUUUCACGAUGUGUUCGAUUUUCGAUUUUCAAUCCCGAAAGACGUAAUCCUACGUCAGAAAAAAAGGCUCUCCUCAACAUUGGCAAUCUAGUGUAGUGCAAUUUGAGCUCAAAAUUCAACAAAGCUUUCAUUAAUUACGUUUUAGCACAGUUUUCCAGAUUCAUAAUCAUCACAAUCCUUCAAAAAAUAUUACACAAAAAAUAUGUGAAACAUUUCCAAUGAUCCUGGUGUCAAUGAUAAUCCGAAAUGAAUGAGCCCCGAUGAUAAUUACAAAUAUUUCGAUAAAAAGAACAGCCAAAAAGUGCAAUUAAACCACACAUCCUUUCAUCGCUCCAGUUGUAGAAAUUUGCUACACCGAAAGACCGCAACAAUACGUGUCGGCAUGCACCCCGUCAACAGUCAAUACAUCAAACAAGCUGUGAUAAUCUCCGUCAAUCGACAAUGAUGUUUGUCGACAUGAUGCUGCUGCUGCUGCUGCUGCUCGAGGAGUGACAUACAGCGGUUUUUAUGUUAUCCUUCGCUGUGUGCUUUCGCCCACGCUUUGUUGUUCCGCACAUGAUGCCAGCCAACCGCAGCGGAAGCGACGACAACUCGAGAUGUCCGUAAGAAGGGGAAAAACCGGGGACAACAAAGAUCGAUUAGCGAAUGAACGUUAUUUGCCAAAAAUGGAUGGCUUCCAGGAUGUUUACUUCCUAGUAUUAUGUUCUGUCUAGUAUGCAAGCCGGGGUAAAUAUUGUAAGCUUCGUACUAUUACUCGAAAAAAGUGGUGUUUUAUAUUGGAAUGGUGAGAUGUUUCGAUCAGUACGAUAUCAAUAAAGGGUUUGCAAGUUGAAAUUGUCCGUUUAUUUUUCGAUGGACAAAAACAUAAUUUUCUGGAGAACCUCAAAAUAGUUUUAUUUGAAGUAAAAGUAAUCCCCGUUUGAUUCAACACAUUUCGCUCAAGGUGGAUCCAUUCUAAUAAAACAUUUUUUUGUUUCGACAAAAACCAUUCGCCGAUCCAUUUUUCUUUAUAUUCGGUGGAAUGCUUCUUUGCAAGUGUAUGCCCCAUUGAAGCAAAAAGGUAAUAAUCUGACUGUGCCAGGUUUGGAGGAUACGAUGGGUGCGCUAACGUUUCCCAGUUAGGGGUUUUUAUUGCGUCUCUCACGGCUAUAGCGGUGUGUACCGAUGCGCUGGCAUGCUGUAACAUUUUUUUUUUCUUUAUUAUAGUGAGUUUCAACACAUUUCGGCUGGUUCGUCACUUUUACUUCCAUUUUUGGAAGAAUGUCGGGAGUGAGAAUUGAACUCGUGAUCUCUGCGUGAGAGGUAUGGAUGUAUGCUGUAACAUUACUUUACCAUGUCGUGCCCAAUUUGAUAUUUUUUCCAUCAAUGGAAAGUUUAAAUUUAUCAUUUGUUGUCGAUAGCGAUCUGUAUUCACCGUUUCAUCCGAUUUUAGCAGCUCGUGGUACUCCAUACCCUUCUGUUACACCACACACAUCGGCGUCGGCUUUCGGCCUAAACAAUUUGGCUUUGCAGAGCUCCACCAGAUGAAAAACCCGAUCCAUGGCUGCAGCACGCCCGACAGAUUUUUGCCAAGUCCUGCUCCACCUGGUCCAACCAUCUCGCUCGCUGGGCUCCCCUCCUUCUUGUUCCUACCGGAUUCGAUGCGAACACCAUUUUUGCAGGGCUGCUAUCCGGCAAUCUUGCAACCUUUCCUGCCCAUCGUACUCGCCCAGCCUUGGUGUCUUUCUGGAUGCUAGGUUUGCCGUAGAGUUGCGCCAGGCGUGGAUCUAAUUGCGGAGUGUAUAGCUAUGAUUGGUGUUCUCGAUAUAACGUUAUAACAAGCGAAUGAUGUGCUUUUACCGUCUUUUUCUUCGAAUGGAAAAAACAAAAGUAAUGAAAGCCACAAAGGCUCUUUACGAUUUGACAUAUAGGGUAAGUGUACCAAUUAUGGAGGAUAUAUGUUGCAGAAAUUUGCGAAGAAAUACUCUACUUUAGUUCAAAAGUAUACAAAAGUAUACUUUUCCUAGUAGUUUAGACUCUGUUUUUUGAGAUUCUCACUGAUAUAUCGAUGAUUAAUGGACUAAAUUGUAUAAAAAAACAUGUUUGAAAAUAUCACUUCUAUGUACCCAUUAUGGUAAUAAUGUUCCCGGAGUUUCGUAAUAAGUGUACCUAUUACUGUAAUAGUUGUAGCCACAUGGAAAAAAUGUUAAAAGAAUUCAAUAAAUACUUCAAUAAUAAUUUUUAACUAAAAUUCUGCCUCUAUAUCUUAUUUCUAAUAUGCAAUACCUUGUCGUUAAUUCUAUACUCGACAAAAACUAUGGGAACGGUGCGCGAAGUCGAAAUGUUUAAGUGAUUUUAGAAACGCUGUAAGUUUGUGAAAAACCAACGCAUGAAGAUGGGAUAUACAUAAUUUUAAAGCUUCAAGUUUUGAGAUGUAAAACUUGAAUUCUCCUAUCUAUAAAAAUCGAUUUUUCAGUUUUUUUUAAGAUUUUGUAGAUUAACACAGUGUUUUGUUAUCCAAGUCAUAGUAAAUUCAAUAAACCUUAGCAAUCAGCAUUCCUUUGAUUCCAAAAACGCUUCUGUAGUUCAUUUUACUACAGGAAAAAGUAAUUUCCCUUUUUCAAUAAUGAUGUUAUUCCCAAAUCAGAAGACAGUUUUGAAAUUCCAAUAAAUUCUUUACAAAACUCAUUAUUUAUUAUUCAUUAUUCGGCAAUUUUUGCCUAAUUACUUUGAUCUUAUAUUCUCGAUAGCCACAGCCUUCCAGACAGAUUUUGUACUACAUAAUUUCAAUAUGCAAAGAACAUGAACCAAUUAUUUGUAUUCAAAAUUGAACAAACUAAGAACUUCAGGGAUGAUAAUCUGAGAGACGGUACACUUAAUCAACUAUAAAUCAAAAAAGAAUUAACAAGCAUUACAAGUUCCGGUUCCGGAUCGCAUCUCCUGUUAAUGGGAAAUUUUUGUUUUUUUUUCUAAUAUCCCGUAUCCGGCCGGAUACCAAACAUUGACCGGAUAAGCAAGAUACUGAAUAUCCGUUUCAUCUCUAGAUUGAACUGUUGUUGAGUGCACCCCGGUGGAAAAAUAACUGCCUGCUCCUCGUUGCUAGGCCUGAGAAUCACAAAGACGUGAGAGUUGUAAUGCAGUUUUCGUUUCUCUUCAGGAACUGAACAAAAGAUAUUAACCCAUUCACCUAAGAUUUAAUUUUCAACAGAGUGGAUCAAACAAAUAUGCUUCGGUCGGACACACAUAGUGCUAUUUCACUACACUGCUGAGCGUUCAAAAGCGCCCUAUGAUAUGCAAUUACACAGCGUGAAAACAUUAGUUACAACCAUAAUAGCAUAACAAUCAUAACAUAACAACGUACAACCAUAAUAGGAACAUAGAGGCUCUGCUUUUCAGCUUUGCAGCGAUUUCGUGCAACCAUAAUAGGAAAAGGGCAGCUUUCGGUAUUGCGAUAAUUGGCACGUAGAUGUAAAAUUGUACCAAUUAUGGUAAUACAAAAAUACAUGUUUAUUUCGCUAAAAUCGUAUAAAUUGGUCGAAUCACAACAUCGAGAAGGCUGUAAUGUAUGCGUCUACCCUGUGUAGGCAUCAAAACAACCACUUCACAACAUAAAAAUCUCAUUAUUUUGACCGCAUAUUCCUUAGCAAAAUGCUAAGAAGCAAGCAUCAAUGGGACACACUAUUUUCAAACUAAAUUUUUCAACAAAAGAACAAUGUUUCGCAUAGAAUCAAGUGCCAAAAUUGACAAAGAAGAGAUUUAUGAUGUUUCAAAAUCAUAUUAGAGCCUUUAAAAAUAAGAUACGUUUUCUAAACUAAUAAAAAACCCACUCGUAUUACCAUAAUAGGUACUUUUGCGAUGAUAGUUAUUUCUACCCUGUGUCGAAUCGAAAGAAUUGCAUACAAACCUGCUAAAACAUUAACCAGACAGUUUCAACUCGCACACCUGGUAUUUGCGGAAAUAAGAGUUUAUGGGCAGCGAAUUACUGUAUUUAUUAUGAGAAAAGCUAUUCGAUUGCCAAUCGAGAUAAAUGGCAAUCAAAAUGAUUCGUUAAAUGAAAUUUGCAAUUAUUGGAUUCUGAAACUCUGUGCACACAGGAGGAGUUCUUGGUGGCCAACUGGUACAUCAAACUACCAUUCGUGAUGUUCUCUACAGUCUCCUUUGGAUUCACAACGAACAUCCGGGACAUACCGGAUUUUUCCUUCUUCGUAACUCCUUCUACUGUUAAUUAAACACGCAGCUUGUAUAGCAAAGACAACAGAAGGAUGGUACGCAUCAACACAAACAACAUAUCAAAACCGAGCGAAGUAUGCCGUCUGAGGGAAGCUAAGCACACCUGUACCGAGACAUGAGUCUCUUGGAAUGCCAAUGAUAUUUUCCGGUCGGUCCGGGUUGCUGUCGUCGUCGACGUUGGGAUUGAUUAUGUAACCAAGUUUGUUUGUGUGUUGUGUACAGGAAAGUGGGUAGACAAGGAAAACAAACGCACGCCCACAAACACACACGCAUAGGACCCGGUUUGUGUGCUCAUCUGGAAGAUGCGUCCCGCGUGGCCUCGUAAUCUGGGAGGAAAACACGCUGAAAGCGUAUCGAUCGGCAUUGGAAAGCGCUGCCGAGAGGAGAAGAAGGAAAAAAAAGCUGCUCCGUUGAUUGUGGGGUUUUAAUGCUCGCCCGCACGGAAGCGGCCCGACUUGGGGCGUAGGCUACUGCUCUGUAGUCAAGCGUCACUCGGAGUCACUGUGCGAACACAGAGUGGAAAAGUAAUAAUUUUCUCAAUGGGAAUCAAAUGGAAUGGAAAUUCUGGAGAGCGGAGGAAAAUGAUUUCUAUUUUCUCGAAUGCUAUUUAACCGCAGUCGCCGUUUUCGCCGCUAUUCCGGUUGACGAUGGUGCACGGGAUAAUGUAUUGGAAAAAGGCGGUGAAUAGCGGCUCUAUGGGUUAGAUGAAUGCCGGGAUUCGUUUCAUGCUUGAAUAGAUAUUAUUCUCGGUGCUCCCGCCCAUUAAACUGUCAACGGUCGCUGUUGUUUUCCGAAAGAGAACCGCGCGGUUGGCAACUGCUCUGUUUAGGACUGUGAUUCAUUUCUAAAAAUUUCAUAAAAAUCGGUUAGUAUUCAAGCAGCGAAACGAACUCAAAAUGGCAUUCUACUCGCGUCUUGCGCCCUUUUAACUUUGUGUAUCCAGCUGAUAUCCCAAGACAAAUUUUCGUUUAUUUUGCUGAUUAGCCUCUUGCCAGCGCUCGCGAUCGUGCCGAGAGGUAUUGUGUGCAAUCAAAGGGAACCAAAUCAGAUGAUUCAACAGAGAGUAAAGGGUUGAAAUUCAAUUAUUUACGCUGAGAGUUAUGGAACACUGGGUUUAGCAUGUUAACAAUUAUUGCUGGUUGAUAACUAAACAUCAUCACUCAGAUGGGGUAAUGGAUGGGUACAAUUUCCUAAUGUACUUGUUAUUCUCAUUUAUGUACUAUUGACAUAAAUAAGUAUAUUUAAUCUUGAAUUGCUUGAAGUGGUUUCAAAGGAGGGUAAAAGUUGAGCUUCAAUUGAUUACAAUUUGUUCGGAAGAUAUAUUCAAGAAUGAAGUUUAAAGCUUUGUAUGUUAACCCCAAAACAGUAAACUUCAAGGAUUAUAUAUAGACUAAUUUGUUCUUACACAUUACAGGAAUUCGUAUUUUAAAUGACGUUUCAAUAUUGACUAUAUUGGCUUGCUAAUGUUCUCGAAACACACGGUCUCGAGGGCGUCAUCUUUCAUUUUUGAUGAAAAGAUGUUUGAGAUGGAAGAUAGUUAGGUAGGAUUGUUCGAUAAUCUGUCAAAAAUGAAAUGUAUUACAAACUACGAAUCCCAUUUGUUUUCUCUAUUAAGGCUCAUUACCGUUUUAGCUGUAACAGGGCCGGAUUUAAUUGUGUACAUGUUAGAUGUUCAUUGUAUCUGUACAUAUGGUAAAUUAUACAUAAGCUAUUUAGGCGUAAGAGUAUUCCUGUUUCAUUGUUCAGUUAGACCGAACAGCGAAGACUGUUGAUCAUUGUUGAGUUAUCAAUAGCAAAACAGCUCGAUGUUUCUUGUUGCAAUCAGAGCUUGCAUGGGUGGAGAGAGGUCAGCACUCGAUCUCCAUUUCUGAUGAUUGUUACAUGGACGUAGUUAUGUGUCUACGAAGACCUCCUGAAUUACGUUGUGGCAUUGAUCAAUAAUUUCAACAAAACAUUCCAAGCCGAAACACCUGUGACACCUGUGACUACCACAGUGGACCACGAAGAGAACAGCAGUCAACGGACGAUAUCUUCCGUGAAUGGAAAGAUAAACGCACAGGGAAAUGCAGAGCUUCAUUUGUGACUGAAAUAAUGUUCCCUAUUGGUACCGUCAUAAGGGGGCAAAUUGAUCACCGGGGUGAAAUUGAUCAAACUCAUAAACACAAACUGAAAUUUUUGAAGGUAUACUAAUCAGUUUUCGCCCGUGGUUCUCAUUGAAUCCCAUUGAAUUUCAUAAAAAGAUAUAUUUUCUGAACAGCAUUUUCGUUUCCAUUUUUAAAUAUGGUGAUGAAACAUAUUUUCAAUACGUCAAAGCGAUUUUAAUAGACGCUAAAAAUAUUGGUUCAUUAGCAUAGAAACUACUUUGAUAUUUGCAUAUAAAUUACUUUGAUGUUUGUGGGCAAAGUGGUCAUAGGUGAAUAACGACUUACAAUCUUACGACUUACAUCAGAUUCUGCUCUUAAAGAGGAUCCUGGCUUUGACCCUGGAUAAAUAUGCCACUCCAACUAAACCAAGCCUCAUUAUGCGGAACUUUAUGUGUUUCAUACUACGUUUGUGUAAGCAUGAGAAAAUUCAAUUUGAGACUCUAGGUGAACAGGCCAAGCUCAUUUCAACCAUGUUCCUACUAUAUCAAAUAUGAUUUGAACAAAUUUGGACGAAAAAAACGCAUAAAUCUAUCCCAUUUAUCUUGAUACGAGCGAGUACUAUUUUGAAUUUUUAUAGUAAAAGCCGUUUGCUAUCUUGAACAACAAUGAGUUGAACUAUAAUAUUCUUAGCAAAACGGGAAUUGAAGCAGUAUGUGGACGCUGGAAAUGGACAUAUUUCUUAGAGUGACCACUAUGCCCCCACUUCUCCUAUUUAUUCUACAUAAUUUCGAUUCAACAUGUUACCCUGUCGUGCUCUUUUAAACGGGUCAAUGUUUGUCUGAGGCUUGCUGAACUCGGGUGGACUUUACAACAGGCCUUGGCCUCCAUGACGCGCCAUACUGGGUGAUCUGGCGGAUUAAGAUCGGAGCUAGCUGGCGGCCACUUAACUUUCGCCCAGAACGGUAGAUGUUCCUGCAACCACUAACUGGAACCCGUAACUCUCGGAUGCGGUUGGUAAUAAUGUGAGUUUUGUUCCGUGUCCUCGACUUCGCCCCGCAAUCUACCUGCACGAUACUCCGUGCUGUCGAUCCCGUAUUCCUACGCCAUUCUCCUAAUUGAACCCACUGGAUUCCCCCCAUUCUUCUUUCCGAUGGCAGCGGUAACCAUCGGAGUCCGAUCUGACCUCGAAUAACAUGUGGUCACCAUCGCGGAAAGUUGUCCUUUCAUUCUCGCUUCAAGACUCUUUUUACGGUCCACCGGGACUCUCAAACGGCGAUUGAAAUGUCUUUUUGCGACAUCCGAGAAGUUUCGCCAAUGACUUGGCGGAUUGUGAAGCGACUUCCCAAAGACCACCGAAACUUGGAGCUCUCGGUGAAAUGAAUGUACUGUGAUUAUAUUUUGUAUUUGAAUAUUGCGGGACUGUCAGCAAACUACGUAUGUUUACGUCAGAUUGUUGAGUAAAAAUGUCCAUUUUCAGUCCUUUUGUCGAAAACACACAAUAUUGAAAUUAAGUCAUAUGAUCAGUAUACACUCUGUCCAAAUUCUAUAAGACCAGGUGAUGAUCUUGCUGCUUUGUGCCAUUGUAAACAAACAAGGCUUCAAAUUCUCAACUUCAACUUCAAUUCUAGUGUAUUGGUAUUCGUGACUACCAUACACUGCAUAAUUUUCAUAUGUGUGUGUGCAAGCGCUGAGCGUAAACCAAAGGUUUUGUAUUUUUCAAGUGUCAAGUUUCUUUAAGACCAGUUACAUUUUUCCGUUGUUUUAGUUGUUUUGAUCAAUAAAUCUGGAAAAUGUCGAAGGGAAAAGUGCUCACGGAGAGAAUAGAAAGACAAAUCGAUGCAUUACACCAAGAAAAUGUAUGUAUCACAGAAAUUUCUCGUCGGAUUGGACGAUCCUAUCAAGUAGUGCUCAAUUAUUUAACGAAUUCUCAAGGACACGGUAAGAAGGAGAGAGCUCUACGUAAAUCGAAGCUCUCUGACCGUGAUAAGCGGGAAAUAGCUAGAACAGCUUCGAAUACCUCAAAACCGUUUAUGCAAAUAAAGCAAUAUUCCAAUUUAAAUGUUACUUGGGUGACACUUCGUUAAGUUUUAGUGAAAAACCCUCACAUAAAGAGAGCUUGAAAGGUUAAAGAUCCUCAUCUUACACCAUCUCACAUCGGAAGACGUCUGAUUUUUGCCAAAGCUCACAUGAACUUACAGUGGGACAUGGUAGGUUGUGACAAAGAAUGUUUCCAAAAGAAUACUUUUUGCUAUAUACUCUAACGAAAAGUUCUUCAAUGUAUAGGUUAUCGAAUCAAUUCGAUUCAACGAAGUUAUUGAUGGAAACUGGUUCUGUUGUAACGCUUUGUUAAUCCCAAUAACUGACAGUGACUAGCGCCAUCUUAACGAUCGGAAGCGAAAGCACUUUUGUGGAGACCGCCAAAGCCGUGAGUGGUGAAAAUACCAAGCUCGCUGAAAAAUUGAGUAAAAACGACGCGGAGGCAAAAAAGCGGGAGUCCGUUUCCGUAUGACGUGCGCGUGCGAGUAGUGGGGAGUGUUACCCGAGCUAAGGGUGGAAGAGUUUCCCACUCGAUCAACGCUGAUGGAAUUCCACUACGCAGUGCAAGUUCUCCCGAAUUCUCCACAACGUAUUGGAGGCGCAACAUCCGGCGACUGGUAGUUUUUACCAUAGUGCCGAGAGUAAUAGAUGACCAGAAAAAAGACAAAAAACCUAUACACCCGAGAUGUCGUCCUUUCCCCCCUUUGAGUUGCCUCAUUGUAGGUAGGAACGCCCCUAUACAAUAAACCCGCAUGGAAGAGGGUGUUUGAGACCCGUGAACAGCCCGCCAUGAAGGUCUCUAGCAGGACCUGUAUUUUGUAAUGGCCUUCCUCGAAACUGGUGGCUGGUCAAGGUCAGGGAACGUUCGUUACAGCAUUACAGUAGAACGUGGCAUGAAGAUGGGUAACUAUGGUGUUUUGCAUCAUUCUCUCAGCUCUAGCGACCAACGUUUUGUUGGAAUUUAAAAAAAACUGGCUAGAAAUGUUCCUUGAUUCCAGCAGAUUGAAUAUACGAGGUCUGUUCAAAAAGUAUCGCCACUUUCGAAAUUACGCGGGUUGUGUCCGAUCCUAGUUUUUUUGUGGCAUUAUGUUGGUACUCAUGGUACUCAUACACUUAUGGUGACAAGUACGGCUAUUUUGAAUGUUUAGUUCAUUUUUGACAACUGCUUUUCUUACAAAUGUUUUGGUUCAUCUUCGAUUAUUGCCUAUUGCAAAAAUGGAUCAAAUUUUGUGUGAAAAUCAAAAUGAAGUGCGCGAACACAUUCCGAAUGUUGAUUGUGACAUCUGGUGAACCUACCUUGAAGCGAACCAACGUUUAUCGGAUUUCGAAAAAAAGGAUCGAAAAGAUGUAACCGACACAAAGCGUGCCCGAAGCCCGAGCACGUCAACAACUGAAAUCGAAUAUAAGUAAUCCGUGGGUGUACAAAAAUCGUGAUACUUCUAGAACAGCUCUUGUAGAUAAAGUGGUCCACUUUAUCCCAUUCAAUUAAGCAAUUCCAUAGCCAUAACUCGUGUAAGCCCUUGUCAGCAUAAGUGAGAGACAUGAGUACCAACAUAAUGCCACAAAAAUAUCUAGAAUCGAAUAUACGUAACCCGCGUGAUUUCGAAAGUGGCUAUACUUUUUGAACAGAGCUCAUAGAUCCAUGUACUGGUGGUCACAUUUCUUCAAACGGGUUUUAAUAUUCGAUUUGACGAGUACUCAAAAUUGACAGCUUUUCUCUGCGUGAAUGAGCUGCGUGACAAUAGAAUUUUUAGAUUCAUAAUUCAUAAUAAUGUUAACUUAUGAAUUAUGAAUCUCUUUCAUGUUUUCAUUACUUUGAAGUAAAUUGAUUCUAACGCCAAUAUGUGUUUCAUCGUAAUCCCGCAAACGCUAAGGGUGUUUGGAUAGAGAUUAACGUUCAAGAUCAAUACGCUCAUUUAGUAUCGUUUUUCGGAAAUCGAAGAACCUAUCAAUCCACGUAAGAUAGCACAACAACUUUGGCCACAUGUCAGCGAAAUAGUCUCGCAAUUCGUGCCCGUUUUCACUCGGAUUUCCGAUCCAUCUCCUCUUCUCUAUUUGAAUGUUCAAUGUUUUGUACGGAAAAUGAAGUCGAAAUAACAAUAAGAGCAUCCAUGAUGCGGAAAUAGAUGCGUCAAUAAUAUACAGAAUAGUAUUCCAGACUGCUUCCAGAAUCCAGAAACAACGAUCGCACCAUCUCGCAAAGUUAACUUAGAGCUGCACCGGUUCUCGCACAAGAGUAGCCAGUUUUUUGGGUAAUGUAAGAGGGUUUACUUAUUAUAUUUGACAAACAGGCGCGCGUUGUAAAAUCAAAACACAACACAUACCGCAAGAUAUGAGAAAAAAAAAUGGAAAAAUUGAGUGAUCAAUAUUAAUCUAACUAACAAGCUAUAACGAUAAGUAAACAUGCAAAACGAGGUUGUUUUAACUAGUGACAAGAAAAGGAAUAACAAUGCGAUAAAUGUACAUUUAAUGUAUGUUGUAAAUAUGACUUCAUUUUGGGCUGAGCAAUGUAAGAUCACUAUUUUGAACGGGACACAUGCGACAGUUAGCGAAAAAAAAAACACACACAAAGAAAACAUCAAAUCAAAUUGUUUAAUCACAUCUACAAUCAAUCUGCGACAAAUAACAAUGGGAUAAUAGUGCAACCGAUAGUUUCGUAUCCGAAUGCAUGAUUUAUUUACUCGGUGAACAGUAGACAAUCGCUUCAAGGUGUAGCACUCGAGUAUAUUUAGUUCCUUUAUUCCACCGACGUUGAAUUGGAUUACUUUCGAACGAUUCAAACAUUUAUUUAUUCAUAUAUUGGUGAAUUUAUAACGCCUAGUAAAUAAAUUCGCAUACAACAUACGUAGCAAACAAGAGUUGUACAAAUCUUGAUAAAGUCGAAGAAAUAUUAAAUCAUUGGAAAUACACUCAAUCACAAUUAAAAGCAACUACAAAUAGGACGGUCAGUUAAUCAAUCUCAGCAAACGAACCUAUCAAGUUGGAAAAAAAUAUUUAGAAGCAAACGAAUUGACGUGGAAGAAUGUAUGCGUAAAUAAUCUUUUUUACGAGACAGAGAGUAGCAGUAAAAUAGUAUAGAUAUAAAAAUAAACAUCUUAUAUACACAUCCAUUUUCAAAUUCAAGCGUUUUUUACAUAAACAAGUUAUUUUUUGUAAGAAAACAUUGACAAAACGACAAAAAAAAUGCGACCCUCGGCUAGGUGAUAAAUGACGAAUAGUUAUAAACAAAUAAAUCUACAAAGCAGCAUCCACAAUAUACUUACACAUUCAAUAACAUAUGUAUAUCAUACACCCAUAAAUGUAUAUUCACAACACUCGUGAAAUUGAUCGAGAGCAUCAAACUUUUGAACGAUUGAAUUCAUCAGCAGCAACAUAGCAGCAUUAACCGACACACGAAAAAAAAAACGCAACACAAUUUCAGAUGUGAGCAAACUCAAUAACUGACUCGACGUUGACUCCUAGCUCUACGUGGCACAACACAACACACCGCACAAGACGGCUCUCGGAUCAUUUUCAUCGUCACUCACCACAGUUCAUCCAUGCUAGCGCGUAAGGACAAAGUCUUUAUUUUUAUUGUAAUUAUUUUUUAUGGAAACUAUUUCGUACCAUUUCAAUUAAAUUGAUCAAAUGAAAUUAAUUGAAAAUGAAAACAAAACAUAAACCAGAGCUGUGAAUCUUAAUCGAUGAUGUUGGGGUUUUCAGAACCACCCUACCGGAUGCCGACCCCAGCGUUGCGCGAGUUGCCUUGGGGCCUCUCGCAAAAACCUGGAUGACGCAUGCCGAGGGCCAACGUGGCAUCUCAAUGGAUUCUUGAACAUAGAAAAGUUGUAAAUAUAUUUUUUAAAAUGAGGGUAAAUACAUUUUUAUAAUUGUUUUCGAAAAAUAAUUUAUAGUAAGGCUUAGGAUAAUGAUAGUGUAAAAAAUAUGGUUAAUUAUUUAUACAAAGGUGAAAAAUAUUGUAAGUAACGGUUUUUAUCAAAAAGGAAAAAAAUAAACUACCAAAAAUUAAACUUAAACUAAUGAAACGUCUAUACUAAAGCCAAACUAUACCUACGAACAACAGAACAUGAAGAUAAAAAACAACACCGACGUCAGCAGAAAUGAGUUGAACUAAUCCUACAAUGAUAUAAAAUUUAUAGAUAAAACAAGAUACAAUUAACGCAAAACUAACAGACAAACAAGCGGAAUCUUAAUCAUAACUGCAUAAGUAUUGUGAUCAUUGAUUACUUAAUGUUACUGUCACAUAUAAUGAAGAAAUGAAAUCACUGGAAAACACCAUAAACGAACUACUAACUUGCAGAAAUUAAUCCAUCACUAACGGAUGACAGCACAUCAGAAUGAACUAUUCCCCCAAGAAGUCUUUUCAGUCUACCGAACGAGAGACUACUAUAAACAGCAAAUGCAACACACGAGAAACUAUAAAAUUAGAACAUUGGAUUGAAGAGAAAUAGCGGUUAUGGAUAAAUUUGGUAAACGAAGUAACAUUCAGAAGAAAACAGAGUGAAAAAAACACACACAUGAAACACGAGAAGUUGAAAACUAAAAGUAAAGGUAAAGAUGAUAACAUGUGACAUAAUUAAAAAAAAUAUUAGAUUGUAUAUUAU